AUGGUACGCAUCUCGUCCGCUCGUUUCGAAAGGUCGUUCAGCCUCAAGGACAUCGGCGCCCUGCAGUACCUGCGUCACCUCACGCAGCUGCUCGCCACUGUUUUUGCCAACGGCAAGCUCCUCGGCCUCGCUUCCACUGGCCUUAUCGUGCCCUACUUGCACGUCACCCAGUCGCCCUGGUCCACUGUCCACGGUGCCUAUGAGUCGCUCGAGUAUACCAUCGCUCGCGGCGUCUUCCCCCUGCUCGUGCUCGGCGUCAUCUACCUCACCGCCGUCACCGUCGGUCGUCUCUUCUGCGGUUGGGCCUGCCCCUUCGGUCUUGUCCAGGACAUCCUGAGCUACCUGCCCUUCAAGAAGGAGAAGCUGUCUGCCUCCACCACGAGCCAGCUGAAGGACCUCAAGUGGGCCGUUCUCGGUUUCUCUCUCAUCUCCGUCAUCCUUGUUGCCUGGCGCCGCGCCUCCGCCAUGGGCCACGAGGACCCCAUGGGCGUCUUCUCGGAUUCUCCCUUCUCCGUCAUCUCGCCCGCCGGUACCCUCUUCGCCUACCUGCCCUGGUUGGCUCUCUGGAACACGAACGUGCUCCUCUCCGCCGGCCUGAUCGCCUGGAUCAAGCUCGCCCUCUGCGUGGCCGUGCUUGUGCCCUCCGUCUACAUCCCCCGUUUCUUCUGCCGCUACCUGUGCCCCAUGGGCACCCUCCUCGAGCCCCUCAGCAGCUACAAGGUGCUGCGCAUUGCUCGUUCGUCCAAGACGCCGGUCCAGGAUGCCAACAAGGUGCUCGGCGACGUGUGCCCCAUGGGCGUGCAGCUGGAGAAGGAGGACUACGUGAGCGACCACCCGAGCUGCAUCCACUGCGGCAAGUGCGUGACCGAGGCGCCCGCCACCUUUGCCCAGACCCUCUUCGAGAAGUCCAACUAA